AUGGCUACUCGCUCAGACCGCCUCACGAAAUAUCUAUCGCUCAUCGAAAAAGGUAAGAGAAGGGUGGAAAGGUCCGCCGAUCCCAAGCUGUUCCUAGAGUCACUUUGCGCGCAAGAGGACUCUCUGCGCUGUAAUGAGAGGGUGCUUGCUUCCCCAAGUCUUCUUGAGGCACUGCAGAACAGUUUCCGUGUCGACUCAUCGACUGAGUUUGUCAACACUUCGGCCGCAGACUUUGGCAAUGGACAAUUUCUCCGCCAGCUUGUCUCCUGCAUCACCAAUCCUCGCACCUUCUGGACAGUAUUCCUGCAAGCUCACACCUCGAAGAAACUCAGUGAGCACGCAGAGUUAAGCUCUGUCUGGUUGCUUCUGAAGCUGCUCAGCUCUCCAGGAUACUCUUCCGAUUUUAUUGACACUGCCGAGAACAUCACGCAGAGUCGAACCUUCCUCAAUUCAACCUUCCAGGAAGUCAGGACUAUCGGGUAUCGAACCCAGAACAUUGCGAAGACCAUCAGGACCAAGGUGGAUCUAGACGAUAGCUACCGACCAGGAGGGAGGCACGACAACGACUUCAAAGACUUCCGGGAAAUCUCGAUUUUGCCCAUCCCGGAUGAAAUCGCUUCAGUAGAAAUUCCGUACUACAGGCGGAUGUGCGAUGUCUACAACGUCUCCGAAGCACAACGGGCUAUCGCUCGCGGUCAGAAAAAAGGAAGGAGAUCUGCCCCCCCGGUCCAUGGGCUAUGUUUGACAGGAGUUGGCUGUGGCACCGACGACCGAAGAAGGACCUGCUAUCUUGAGUUUGCCUGCACGAAGGCGGAUCGCAAGAAAUUGCUCGAUGACAACCCACACAUAUUUAGUCACCAGGCAUUUGGGUGCUUGCUGAGCAAAAUGGAUAUUGUCGUAUUUGUAACCCUUGAUCGCGGGUCCUCAGACCUGCUUGAUGAUCUUCCCACUCUCGCCCUGGUAGUGUCUGGCACCGAUGCACUCACACGUCUAUUUACAUGCGCCAAGAUGGGCCCGGCCUUCACCUUCCUCCCUGUUGAUACACCAAUCUUCGCUUGCGAACCAAUCCUCCAACGUUUACAGCAGCUUCAGUCGCUCUUGAAUGGGCGGCAGCAGAGCGUAAGCACAAUUCAGGGGCCGCCUGGAACGGGAAAGUCAUAUCUCGGGGCAUUGAUCGCGAAGAUUUUGCAUGAUAAGACGUGUAAGACGAUGAUGGUCAUCUGCUACACCAAUCACGCUCUGGAUCAAUUCCUGGAAAACCUGUUGGACAUUGGCAUCCCGGAAUCGUCCAUGGUCCGGCUUGGGGCCAGGUCGACGCCGCGAACCAAGCACCUGGGACUUUUCGAACAGUCAAUAGGCACUUCUGUCACUGAUUCAUGGUCUUUUGUUCUUAAAAAGAGGGAAGAUCUUAAUCAGGCAGCCGAAGAGUUAGAGUCGUGCUCACUGGAAUUCAACGGCGAUAAUAUAACCACAUACGACAUUCUCGAGUAUCUGGAGUUCUCGGGCAAAAGCGCCUUGUUUGACGCAUUUACCAUACCUGAUCAGCAUGACGGCAUGGUGCAAGUCGGAAGGCAUGGUAGGAAAAUCGAUAGGUACUACCUCUGGGAUGCCUGGGUACAUGGAAGAGAUGCCGGCAGUUUUCGAGACCGGAUCAGUGCCCACCACGCUUACAUCUGGGGACUGGCGCCCUUCAAGCGCAAAGAGAUGGUCGGCAAAUGGCGCAACAGUCUUCUUCAUGAAAAAUGCGACAAGCUUGCGACGGACCUCGACGAAUAUUAUUAUCACAAACGGCAUUCUGCGGUGCUAGAAGCAAAGCGCAUUGUGGCGUGUACGACUAACGCGGCGGCCAGGUAUGCCAGAGCCCUCCGGGUGGCUAAACCCGACAUCGUGAUAGUCGAGGAGGCCGGGGAAAUUCUGGAAAGUCACAUCCUUACGGCUAUGACCCUGUACACCAAGCAGCUGGGCGAUGGCCUCGACCUCACUCGGUCACUCUUCGAACGACUCAUCGCUCAGGGCUAUCCGCAUACCUCCCUUGCGAAGCAGCAUCGAAUGCGUCCGGAGCUCUCACGGCUGGUCCUACAGCUUGCCUACCCAGAGCUUCAGGACUCCGAGAGCAUACUCAAGCGACCUGACUCCGCGGAUUUCAGGACAAUAUUAAGAGAUCCAAGUAUGAAGACUAGCAAGCAGAAUCUGUAUGAGGUCGAAAUGGUUUUGAAGGUUGCCAAGUAUCUGGGCCAGCAAGGAUAUGGUACAGACGACAUGGUCAUCCUGACACCCAAAACCAAUGAUCCGUUGUUAAACGACUUGGAUUCAAACGACCUGCUAAAAGCGGGACUGCUAACCCUCGGAAGCCCCAAGGUCUUGAAAAGUCCUAUUCGUAUUUCAACCAUAGAUAAGUACCAAGGUGAAGAGAGGGAUAUUGUUGUUGCAAGCCUCACAAGAAGCAACGAGGCGGGAGACAUCGGGUUCACGGCGGCUCCCGAGCGUGUGAAUGUUCUCCUCUCCCGCGCACGAAAUGCCCUGGUGAUGAUCGGAAACGGAGGUACAUUCCUCAAGAGCCGCAAAGGACAUCUCACAUGGCGGCCACUCUUUGAGAUGCUCAAAAGAUAUGGCCACGUGUAUGCUGGGUUUCCGCUUAAAUGCGAGAGACAUUCUGAUCGCCAGGUUGUGAUCCGAUCGCCCAAGGAGUUUGAUACAGCAUGUCCCGACGGAGGCUGCUCGGACCCGUGCUCGGCUAUCUUCGCCUGCGGAAUCUAUUCUUGUACUAGACGGUGCCAUCGAGCUGAGUUCCACGGCAGAAUAAAAUGCACUAGGACAAUGGAACAGACGUGUCCCAAGAAUCAAAGGACCUGCCCUACAUGUCUCGAGGAAGCAGUCGAAGCUGAGAGGAGAAAACGCGAAGAUGCAAAACUAGAAGCAAAAAGACGAGCGACCCAGCUGGAGCACGCGAAGAAGCUUAAAGAAAUCGAAGAGAGAAUCAGACAGCAGCGACAAGUCUUGACGGACAAACAUGGCAAUCAGGAUCGUCGCGACGCUCUUGCUCGAAAGGAAGAGGAGCCGAAAAUCCUAACUGCAGCUGCUGAUCGUACUCACGCUUGCCCACCGACUGCCUUGCCAGGGGCAUUCCCUGCCGAUCCACAACCCGAAGAUGGCACCAGGAUGAUACCACUGCAGUCGGAAGCACAAGAUGAAUGGCAGAGGCAGAAACAGGACGAAGGCCAGUCAAAUGAAGCUCUGGACACCUUGAUGGACAUGAUCGGACUCGAGAGUGUCAAGGAAAGCUUCCUUGGUAUCAAGGCCAAGGUGGAUGUGGUGGUUCGACAAGGUGCCAGUCUUGUGGCCGAGCGGUUUGGCGCAGCCCUUCUUGGAAAUCCAGGUACCAGAAAAACAACCGUGGCACGACUGUAUGCUCGGUUUCUGAGCAUGGUUGGCGUCAUCCCCGGUAGCUUCUUCGUUGAGACCUCGGGGUCCAAGCUAGCAAAUGGUGGUGUCCAGGGUUGUCAGAAACACCUUGAAGAGAUCAAGUCGAUUGGGGGAGGGGCACUGUUCAUCGAUGAAGCCUAUCAGCUAACAUCUGGGAACAGUACCGGGGAGAGCUCGGUUCUGGACUUUCUGCUGGCAGAAGUCGAAAAUCUGACCGGGAAGGUUGUGUUAAUCAUCGCCGGAUAUAACAAGAACAUGGAAAGCUUUUUCGCUCAUAAUCCCGGUAUUCCAAGCAGGUUCCCAGUCGAACUUCAGUUCAAGGAUUACCCAGACGAGGAGCUUCAAAGUAAUCUCCAGCACCACAUGCACAAGAAAUACAAUGGACGCAUGAGGGUUGAAGAAGGCACCGGCGGGCUCUAUAUGCGGAUUGUCGCCCGCCGUGUCGGCCGUGGGCGUGGCCGUGAAGAAUUCGGAAAUGCUCGAGCAGUGCACAACGUUUUUGCACGCAUCACGGAGCGCCAGGCCAAACGACUACAACGGCAACGUCGACUCAAGAGACCUGCUGAUGAUCUGCUUCUGACGAAAGAAGAUCUUCUUGGACCAGAUCCGCGAACAGUGCUGAAAAAGAAUGCUACGUGGGGCAAGCUUCGAGCCUUGACCGGUCUGCAAAGUGUCAAGCAGUCGGUAGAAGCGCUAUUUGACACAAUCCAGUUCAACUAUGCGCGUGAACUAGCAGAGAAACCCUUAGUGGAAUUUUCCCUGAACAAAGUAUUCGUAGGCAAUCCCGGCACUGGCAAAACCACCGUCGCAAAGCCUUUUGGAAAGCUCUUGGCAGAUAUGGGAUACCUGUCCAACGGAGAAGUUGUUGUCAAGAAUCCAUCCGACUUCAUCGGCAACGUCAUUGGCGGCUCUGAGGCUGCGACAAAGGGCAUCUUGGCUUCCACUCUAGGCAAAGUCCUUGUCGUCGACGAGGCUUACAUGCUUGGUGGUAGUUCCUCGGGGUCUGAAUCGAUCGGAGGCCCAGAUAUCUACAAGGUGGCUGUAAUUGACACCCUAGUUGCGGAAGUGCCAAGCGUCCCCGGCGAUGACCGGUGUGUUCUGCUUCUCGGAUACAGGGGCGCAAUGGAAGGAUGUGAUGAUGACCUUCAAGAGAUCCUAGCUCUCAAAUUGAAGCAAGCAGGCUUUCAUGCCACCAAGGAUGCAAAGCUGGUUGUUCGCCAAUGUCUGGCUCGCGCCCGGAACCGACCCAACUUUGGUAAUGCUGGGGAGGUGGACAUCCUUCUAGACAAGGCCAAACUACGGCACCAGCAGCGGCUUUCUGCGCGGAAAACCAGAAACAUUGACAUCUUGGAGCCGCUCGCCUUUGACCCCGAUUAUGAUCGAGAGCAGAAAGCCGUUACCAACUGCCGGAAGCCUUUCGAAGGAGUUGUGGGCUGCGAGCACCUGGUGGCGCAGCUCGAGGGCUAUCAAAAUGUGGUUCGGAACACGAAGCAAUUGGGGUUGGAUCCCCGACACAAUAUACCGUUCAACUUUCUGAUCUUCUACGACAUGGGCAUUCUGGCCACAACCGAGGUGAUCGAGUCAUCGGCCUCUGAUUUUGUUGCACAGUAUGUUGGACAGACUGGACCCAAGACCGAGCGGCUUCUUGAGAAAGGACUGGGCAGGGUCCUCUUCAUCGAUGAAGCGUACAGACUCGCUGACGGGACCUUUGUUCCACAAGAAGCUUAUUGUUAUAUUAGCCGGGCGGUUCAUGACCCUGACGAUCAAUUCAUGUCUCAGGUUUUGGACUCCUUUGAAUAUAUAUCCACACUGCCUGGGUGGGGAAAUGGUCGGGACGUCAAGACCAUCUCUGACACAAUUAUUCGAAAGGUCUUCUCGUGCCCACAGGAUGCGGGAGGCAAGGGACUAGCGCUUACCCAAGCGAUGGAACGGCGGCUUCGAGCGACGGCCACUACCUCAAAUCCUCAGACCAGAGAUGGGUCCUUGACAUCAAAGGUCGCACCGUUCUCAGCCCCCCCUUUCUCCAAAUCGUCCGUCUCCGCUGUCAAGGACCAGGCUCGCUCUGGCACCGCAACUGGUGACCCAUCUGCGACUACUUCGGGCAACUCUUGUUCAGACGAGGGUCGCGACCCGGGGGUCUCUGACGAGGUCUGGAUGCAACUGCAAGCGGAUCAAAAGCGUAGCGAGGAGCAGAGGAACCGUGAUGCAGAAACUCUUCGUCGAGAGGAGAGUAUCAAGAGGCAGCUGAAGAGUAGUGCCACUGAGCCGGAUGGUGACGAACGCUGUGAGUAUGAGAAGCAGCUCCGAAGCCUGGCCCGAGAAAGAGUCGAGAUUGAGGAGCGGGGGAAGCAGGAGGAGGCUGCUCAGCAGAAAUUGCAAGAGAUGGGUGUUUGCCCCGUGGGAUUUAGGUGGAUUAAACAAGCGACGGGUUAUCGGUGUGCUGGUGGGAUUCACUUCGUGCCUUCUGCGCAGCUAUUAUAG